UGUCGGAUCAUCAGAGGAGCUGCUGUGUGUCGACAACAGAGACAAUAAGAUGCAGACAUCUCACAGACCUGUGCAGUGGCUCGCUGUCAUGCUUCUUAUCGUCUCCACAUCCGGACAGUGUGAACAGAACAAGAGUCGUCGAGCUGUAACCGAACACCAGCUGAUGCACGACCGCAGCCAAAACAUUCAGAGUCUCAAGAGACUCAUCUGGCUGUCCAGCGCCAUCGAGGGUCUCCACACAGCUCAGACCCGAUCUGCCUCUUUCAACCCCUCAAAGUCCCUGAACCUGCCUGUGAGUCCUGCUGCCGAGAGCCCCCAACCCAGCCGUGUCCAGAGCCUCCUGAGAGACUUCUUUAACAAUCCCUACCUGACCCAGCUGCCCGACAGAGAGCCCUGACACCACACUGAUGCACAAACAUGAAGCUACUGUUCAUACACAUACAAAAAGAUUUAUUGUUUUUUAUUUUAUCAAUAAAACGUAGACGGCACAACGACAAUAACAUCCACACUGCUCAGAAUUCUGUCCAGCUGCAGACACGUUUAACGUCAGGUGACCUGUUUGCUUUUUCUCCUCCUCACUCUCUCACUGCAGCAGAUAACAUAUUGUAGUCCUGAAGGUUUUCAGCAUCAUGAAGGUGGAUUUAAGAGAAACACUGUUUGUCAUCACUGUUCACAUCACACUGAUGUCGAGAGAUGGACAAUACAAAUAAAAAGUACAAAUGUUUUAGAGCAUGGGGACUCAUUUUUUUCCAGAAACAGAAAUAAGAGACACAGAAAUAGAGAAACAGAAACAUACUGAUAUGUUUAAUGAAACCUGUGUGUUUAUUGUGAUUGUGUACUGUCUUUAUAUUUGGACAUGUUGAACUUGAUGCUCUGGAAAGUUUGAUUUUGAACUGUCAUGCCAAUAAAGCACUUUGAAUUAGG